AUGACUUCUUUGCCUGAAUGGGUCCUUUACGUUGUUGAGAAUAGCGAGGACAAAUUGGUCAUUCAAUAUUUUUUCUUUUUUCUUCUGUAUAUUAGGAAACUUCCAAGACGGAGAGAAUCCAAAAGUGAAGAGGUUUGCGAAAGUAAAAUUUCCCCCUUAGGGAGAGCACUUUGGGAGGAGGACAUGGAGGUAACACCCGACGAUGUUUUGCCGGAGGUUAACGCCGCCGCGGUGACGGAAAACUUUGAUCGGAACGAGCUCGUGGAGUCGUCGAACGCCGUCGUGCUUGCUGACGGAGUCGUGGCGGCUGUGGACAGGAAGAUUGAAGCGGAGGAUCGUGGAGAGAGGGAGAUAGAGAGCGAGACGCCUCCAGAAGAUGAUGUUUGUCCGAUCUGCUUCGGCUCUUUUACGGUUCCUUGUCGAGGGAAUUGUGGUCAUUGGUAUUGCGGAAGUUGCAUCUUACAGUACUGGAACUAUGCUGCAAUAUCUAGGCCUUGCAAGUGUCCCAUGUGUUUACGGCACAUCACUAAGCUGUCACCAGAAGCAACUUUGCAAGAGCGCCAGGAGCAAGAAGUGAAGGAGGUUCUUGAUAAGAUCCGUAGGUAUAACCGUCUCUUUGUUGGAGGUCUAACUGGCUUUGUUCAGAAGCUGCACGAGCUACCUUUUCUAAUGAAGAGAAUGGUGUGGCAUAUGAUGGAUACAGAUGUGAACAAUCUGUAUUUUCACGAAGUGCGCAUCUUUGCAAUGUUCAUGAGUACCAUUUACACUGCCGCAGAGUUUAAUUUCAUCCCAACGGGUGGGUUCAGAAUAGUGACAGUUUUUGACUACGCUGCGAUAGCUAUGAUCCUGAUUCUGCGCUUAGUAGGGAUCUACCGGAGGAGACGGCUUGCUCAGCAGAUCAGACAUCUAGCAGCUGCAGUAAUUCAGGAGCCGGAAAGAGAGCAAAGGGAAUAGUAACAGAAAAGUGAAUGUAUUAGAAGUCUUGUGCAGUUUGAUCCUUGUGGAUAGGAAUGGUAGAUCAUAGAAACCUCUGAGUUUGUGCAGUUUUACAAAGAAUAUGAUUCCAGAUGUUAUUAUAACAGUAAAAAGAAAAUGAUGGGAAAGUAGUUAUCUCUGAAAAAACGUUUUACAAAUUCGGAGAGUAAAGGUUUAACUCUAAAUAAGAAUGAUGAGUGGUUUAUGUUAA